AUGAGUUCUGCCCAGUUUGAAGCUGCCACAGAGUUCGUUCGCUCGCUCCCAAAGGACGGCCCGGUUCAGCUGACAGAUGCGGAAAAGUUACAAUUCUACGCGCUGUUUAAGCAAGCGACGGAGGGCCCCGUGACGGAUCCUCAGCCAUGGGCUGUACAGUUGGAGAAGCGGUCCAAAUGGGAUGCCCGUAAGGCCAUCAGCGAUAUGUCAAAGGAGGAUGCAAUGAAAAAGUACGUGGAGCUGCUCGUUGAAAAGACAGCCAACACGGCCAACCCGUGGAAGCCACCUCAGUAG